AGUGCACAGUAAAAGAACUGGGUGUUCGGAAUUUGAGAUUACGCAAGCACUGUCUUGGCAGACCACCAAUGUUUGUACUCUAUUCACAAGACCCAGCAGUGCACUGAGGACAGUCCUGGUGAAGAAACAUCUCAGUCAGUUCAGCCAGUAUCUCCAGAGAAGAAACCAUGUCUAACUUCACAGGAAAAGAGGAAUACCAGAAAUUAUUCAGCCCUAAGGCAUAUCUGAACGCCUAUUAUAGAAUGGGUGAAGGGUCUUUGGGAGACGACUAUCUACAAUUUGUACUCAAGCAGCUAGCAAAAACAUUUCAUUCAGGUAAAGUUAAAGGUGACACAUUGAUUGACAUUGGGACGGGGCCCACUAUAUACCAGCUACUAUCAGCCUGUGAAGUCUUCAAAAACAUCAUUGUCUCUGAUUUUACUGACAAAAACAGAGAGGAAUUUAAUCUAUGGCUUAAGAAUCAGCCUGGAGCAUUUGACUGGAGCCCUGUGGUGAAACAUGUAUGCCAACUGGAAGGUGGCAGGAUAUCUUACCAAGAAAAGGAAGAACGGCUGAGAGAAUGCAUAAAACAAGUCCUGAAGUGUGAUGUUCUGAUUACAAAUCCCCUAGAUCCGGUUACUAUUCCCGCAGUGGAUUGCCUCCUGAGUUGCCUGUGUCUGGAGGGAGCAUGUCAAGAUCUAGAAUCCUAUGUCACUGCAUUAAAAAAUAUUACCCAUUUAUUAAAAGUAGGUGGUUAUUUGGUGCUCGCGGGUGUUUUGGGAAACAAUUUCUACAUGGUAGGCGAAGAAAGGUUUUCUGGCCUGUGCCUCAAUGAAGCCUUUCUGAGAGAAGCCAUAACUGGGGCUGGAUACGUUAUUGAAAACUUUGAGCUCUUUAUGAUAAAUGAAACCUCUGGAGAAGGCGGUGCAGAUUUAUCAGGUCAUUAUGUUAUCGUUGCUAGGAAAGAAAGAAAGGUGUGAGCGUUGUAUCCAGAAAAGGGUUCUGCACGGCAUUUCAUAGCAGCUAAUUGGCCAGUUUUUUUAGCGUUAAAAAUAGAGAUGGAUUAAAAAACAAUAGGAAAUAUAAGAAAAGGACUUAUAUUUCCCCUUCCUGCUGGUUUUGACCCUAAUACAUCUUAUCGCCUAUCCAAAGGAUAGGGGAUAAGAUGUCUGAUCGCGGGGGUCCCGCUGCUGGGGACCCCCGCAAUCUGUCAUUCCGCACCCACCUUUGUGAGCUCUCCACAGCACUGGAGGCUCCGAGUGUGCAGCGUGACGACCACAGUGCCCAAGUAUCGCGACAUCAUGACUCCGCCACCCUUGUGACAUCACGCCCCGCCCCCUCAAUGCAAGUCUAUGGGAGGGGGCGUGAUGUAUUAGAGUCGGACUACCCCUUUAAAAAACUAUUUCAGGCAAGAUUUUCUCUAUGGCUGAACAGCCUUAAGUAUUAUGUAGGACUGUGGUCCUCACACUGUGGACCUCCAGCUGUGGCAAAAUUACAACUCCCAGUAUGCCCCGACAGCCAAUGGCUGUCCUGCAUGCUGGGAGUGGUAAUUUUGCAACAGAUGGAGGUCCACAGCUUGGAGACCACUGAUGUAGGAUCUCAGAUCUAAACAAAAAUGUGCCAUUAUAGGGGCACUCCGGUGGAAAAAAAAAAUUCAAGUCAACUGGUGCCAGAAAAGUAUACAGAUUUGUAAAUUACUUCUAUUUAAAUAUCUUAAGCCUUCCAGUACUUUUCAGCUGCUGUAUGCUCCAGAUGAAGUUGUGUAUUUCUUUCCAAUCUUACCACAGGGCUCUCUGCUGCUACCUCUGCUCAUGUCAGGAACUGUCCCAAGCAGGAAAGGUUCGCUAUGGAGAUUUCCUUCUACUCUGGACAGUUCCUGACAUGGACAGAGGUGUCAGCAAAGAGCACUGUGGUCAGACUGGAAAGAACUACAUGACUUCCUCUGGAGCAUACAGUAGCUGAUAAGUACUGGAAGAAUUAAGAUUUUUAAACAGAAGUAAUUUUACAACUUGCUGGCACCAGUUGAUUUGAAAGCAUUUUCUUUCUUCCAGAGUACCCCUUUAAGGCAUAGUUUACUAAAUCAAGGCUAAUGUCAUGGAAUGAUAACACGUGUAAUUAGGUUUUAUAAAUUGUUAAUAAUAAAUAAAUACAUAAUAAAAUUAUUAAUGCAUUAUCUAAAGUAAAAAACAACAAAAUGGCGCAAAUAAGCUAACAUUUUCUAUAUAAUUGGAUGGCCAUAAAAUUUUAUAUAUAUAUAUAUAUAUAUAUAUAUCCUACUAGGGAAUGUGUCAUUACAAAAUGACCUAUUAUCCAGUGUCCAUGUGAAAUGUCAAAACUUUUGACUGCUCGGGGUCUGAGUGUUCAGCUCUCGAUCAAUCUUUAGAUAUUACUGGGAGAAGGGCAUGCUCGCGCGCGUCACUCCCAAGAUGGCCACGAUCUCUUUCCAUCUACACUAGACAAACCCCACAGAGUUAUAAUGGAGCCUGUUUAGUGCAGCUUGCAGGCAGCUGGAUAGCAUGCACUUCUCCCAGUGAUUUUGAGAGAUCAAUGGGGGUCUGAACACUUGGACCCCGAGCAAUCAAAACUUUAAGCAUGUUAAAAGAUUUUCUAAAUUACAGUGAAGCUUUAACACAAAAACUUACGAAGCGCAAGUACAUGGUUAACAACUUUAUUUUGUGUCUCUCGGGUUUAGUAUUGUUAUGUAUGUACUAUCUGUUUGAGCUGUUUGUGAUGCUAGAGCUUACAUUGUAUCUUUCAUCCAGAGUUAAAGGGGUACUCAGCUGCUAGAUAUUUAAUCCCCUACAAAAAGAAUAGGGGAUAAGAUGUCACUGCUGGGGCCCCCUGCAAUCUCCCGCAGCACCCGGUGUUCUAAACAAAUGCUGGAUUCCUGCAGCAGUGGUCGUGAUGUCAUAGCCACUCACCUCAUGGCGUCUCGCCACCCCUCUCCAUUCAUGUCAAUGGGAGGGGCGUGUCAGCCGGCACACCCCCUCCCAUAGACAUGAAUGGAGGGGGCGUGGCAUAAUAUCAAGAGGGGCGUGGCCGUGUCAUCACAAUCACGGCCUCUGGCUCUGAGCAGUCUGAACAAAAUGUUCAGAACGCAGGAGCACCAGAGUAACCCAUAAAAGUUCUUCAUUUGAUGUUUUCUUGUUUUACCAUGAGAAGCCAUUAUUCAGUCUCCUCCUUGUGUACUUCCCAUUGAUGUUCAUGGUGCAUUUAUUAAUUUUAUGGAUACAUUUUAUAUUUUGUAUUUUUGUUAAUAAAGAGUAAUCU